AUGGGACUACCGAUUUGGUUUACGAGAAGAAUAGGAGUCAGAAUGGUUCAUCACAAAGUUACUAUUGUUGGGUCCGGUCCAGCUGCCCACACUGCGGCGAUUUACCUGGCGAGAGCCGAAAUUAAACCCUUCCUGUAUGAAGGUAUGUUUGCCAACGGGGUCGCUGCUGGAGGUCAGUUGACGACGACGACGGAGAUUGAGAACUUUCCUGGGUUCCCCGAGGGUCUUACAGGUAGCGAGCUUAUGGACAAAAUGAAACAGCAGUCGUUGAGAUUCGGCACCGAGGUUAUCACGGAGACUAUCUCGAAAGUCGACUUGUCCUCGAAACCGUUCAAAUUCUGGACUGAAUUCAACGAAGAUGCUGAACCUAACACUACGGAUGCACUUAUUUUGGCCACCGGUGCGUCUGCUAAGAGAAUGAACCUUCCAGGUGAGGACAAAUACUGGCAACAAGGUAUCUCUGCUUGUGCCGUGUGUGACGGUGCCGUGCCAAUUUUCCGUAACAAACCUCUUGCUGUGAUUGGAGGGGGUGACUCUGCGUGUGAAGAGGCCAAUUUCUUGACCAAAUACGGGUCCAAAGUUUUCAUGUUGGUCAGAAAGGACCAUUUGCGUGCGUCCACUAUCAUGCAAAGGCGUGCUGAGAAGAAUGACAAAAUUGAGAUUUUGUACAACACAGUCGCGCUUGAGGCUAAGGGUGACGGCAAGUUCUUGAACGCCCUCAGAAUUAAGAACGUCAAGACCAACGAGGAGUCCGAUUUGCCCGUGAACGGGCUUUUCUACGCCAUCGGUCACACUCCUGCCACCAAGAUCGUUGACGGCCAAGUCGAUUUGUUCGAGACCGGUUACGUCAAGACCGUUCCAGGCACUUCGGAGACCUCUGUGCCAGGUGUGUUCGCUGCAGGUGACGUGCAAGACUCCAAGUACAGACAGGCUGUUACCUCUGCCGGUUCCGGAUGUAUGGCCGCUUUGGACGCGGAAAGAUACUUGUCCGAAUUGGAAUAG